AUGAGCGAACUAAAAACUGGUCGAUUUUGGACACGUGAAGAGCGCAAAAAGCAAUGGGAACGAGCCAAACAACGAAAAUUAAGAUAUCAUCAAUUAAUGGCCCAACGAAAUCAACAACCAUCAGAUCAGUUAAUUGUACAGUUAUCACGAAAAAAGAUGAUGCGACGAGGUAAUCCAUUACUAGACAAAUUCACUACAAUUCAAGAAUUUAUGGCUCAUGCAAAUCGUGAUAUUUCUAGUCGUCCCAUUGAUGGAAUUUUAUCCGUUACAACUGUAUGA